AUGAGAGUAUCGGCGGGAAUUGUCGAUACAGUGAAAUUAGUCGCUCCAAGAUUAGAAGUAUAUUCCGAUGACAGACACGAAACGCGAGUACUUUCUCCUGAGGAGGUGACAGUGGUUGUCUGCAUAUUGAAAGUCAGGUUCGCUCGAGCAGAUGGUACUGUAGAUACGAGAGACAUUCGCCAUUAUCAGUGGCAAGAUUGGCCCGACCGAGGAGUUCCACCGUGCAGAUUGACUAGCAUGGAGCUACUGUCACGAGUACGUGGCACCACUAAGCCAAUCGUUGUGCAUUGUUCUGCAGGAAUUGGACGUACAGGAACAAUUGUAGCAAUCGAGUAUAUUCUUGGUCAGACAUCUAUUUAA